UAUAUGAACCGAGCUACCGAAAAGAACCUCAAUAUGCGACAGGAAGACGCACUGGGUAAAACGCUGCAGGAGCAACUGGUCGCCGACUCAGUUCAGAUCAACACUAUGGGCUCAUCCCUACUAAGAGGGAGAGAAUGGAGCGGUCCCAUGACACUCAAAAAGAAACCCUCGGAGACGGUGGUGUCGUCCUGCAAGGCUGUGCCAUUCUCCUGUGCCGGAAGGAUGCCGACGCACUUCAUCCUGGUAUUCGACACGAGUUCUAUGGACCCCAACAUCCUCGGUCAAAGCAGGGGCAGCGUGCACUCCAUCA